AUGGCGGUGCGUGCGAUCCCGUAUACGAUAAAGGUGGAGGUGAUUGAAGUGCGGGGGUUGUCCUUUAAAGAGUCAGCGGGGGAGAAGGAGAUAGUGCCGAAUCCGUAUGUAGACGUGACAGUGGGUGGUACGACGAAAAGCACGGUUCAGAAGAACCAGGUCGUGUCUGCAACCUACAAUGCUUCGUUCAACUUCCAAGCCACGUUAACUCCUGAGGAGUUCCAAAGGAGUUACGUUGAACUCGCAGUCAUGCACAGAUACACCUUGCUGGGCGGCGUCGGGCUGCAAAGUUCAAUCAUAGGCAAAUAUGUCCUCAGCUUUGCGUGUGUAUACUCCAAAAGUCAGCACUGGAUGUACAGGCAAUGGAUUAAGCUCAACAACUUCGAACAGCUCAUCGCCGACCCCGGGAUGAUGCUGCUUACAGUGGGUGUGUUUGGGCCAGGUGAUCCGUUGCCUGUGAUAGACGAAACAGUGGCGUAUGUAAACGAAGAAGGAGACAGAGUAACCAAGGAAGUUGAUGUGAAGUCAACUUACUACAACUUAACUGUCAACAUAUUCAAAGGACAAGACAUCAGCGCUGUAGUCGGGCAGCUCACCACCACCUGCGAACCCUUCGUCAAGGUGAAGCAUGGGGGUGUGGAGUUGCAGACGCGUGCGCUUCCUGAGCACAGCCCAGAGUGGCAGGUUUCGAUAUCUUUGCCUGCUUGCAUACCGUGUCACGACGAUACUGUUUUGGUGGAAUUGUGGAACGGGGGAAGCAGCGCAGUGCUUAUGGCGACUUUGGUCUUAGAUUUCUUCGAACUUAUUAAAAACGAAACAGCCACUCGCUGGUUCAAUUUCUAUUGGAGGCCGCCAACAGAAGGUCUUUUUGGGGCCGUGCAGGAUAUGCUAACGAACGCGGAACUGCGGCAGGCCAACGCCUAUGCAGGUCGUAUUCUUCUGAGCGCCUCUUGUGUGAAGGUGCAAGCUCCGUUGCCGAUGGGAGUGCGUUCGAUCCGCGCCGUGCACGAACCUCCGCAAGUAGAGUACGUGUUGUGGGUAGAUGUCUACGAGGUGUCUUGCAAUUCGCUGCUCAGCAACGAAUUGCAGGCAGAGGUUUCUUUUGGACCUCAUGCACUCAAAUCUCCUCCUCUCAUGAUCGAAGAAGCAGGAUCCUACACUUUAGAAGCCGAACAAGGACGCAUGGAGGAGCUCAAGGUGUACCUGCCAGCUGAGGACGCUCAGACGUGGGCUUUUUUUCUGUAUAUAAACAGCAUCUCGUCAGCGAGCGCAGCAGCCAAUGUGGCUGCGAACGUAAUGAACUGGUUUGGCGGGUUGGCAGGAGGCGCAGGAGGUGACGUGGACGGGAACGCCGAGCCGAGUGUAAAGUCAAAUCGUUUGGCGUGGGCUAUGAUUCCCUUCAAUUCCAAAAACCUGCAAGAAGGCAAGCCCAUAUGGUAUUCUCUCCGUGCAGCAGACGGCUCCGGAACAGACCCGUUCUCGAUGCUCGUGUCUAUCACUUGCAAACCUGCAAGGACGAUGGGUGAACGGCCGGCGAGACUGCAGUACAACUUGCAGCGGUAUUAUUUUCGGGCGCUUAUUUACGAAGGGCUGCAUCUUCCGGCCGUCGGCUAUGACCAGUUCCCAAACCCCUACAUUAGGGUGGUGCUGGGAAGUCAACAACUGAAGACCCUCACAUUUCGACAAACCCUAAACCCUUCGUACUACGAGGCAAUGGAGAUGGAAGUGAUUCUACCGGAGAUGAUGCAGUUGGCACCGGACAUCGUGUUGGAGGUCUGCUCGGAGUCUGACUCACUCAUCAGUGCAGAUACUGUUCUAGGCUCAACGACGUACCCUAUCCACAAGGUGCCAAAGGAGUGGAAGAAAGCACCUGUAUGGUUGAUGCUGCAUUCUAAACAGUAUCCGCGGUGCAAGGCGAAGGUCUUAGUAGCAUUUGAGCUUGUGCCUGCUGAACUGGUGGAGAAUGAUACUUAUCCUUUCUUCGACGACAUUAGGCCGUCAACCAAGCAGGCCACGGUUUCCAUUUUCUUGGUUGGCGUACGGCUCUUCUCGCCGGUUCAAAAGCCCUAUGUGGAGGUCUGCUUUGGCCGCGAUGUGGAGGACACGACAAAACCACUAUGGUCCGAACGCACCAGCGAGCCGCAUGUGGGGGAGGGAGGGAACUGGAAUUUUCUACAGCAUUUCAACGUCUCAGUCUCGCUGCCAAAGCGCAUGCAGCACCACUGCUUCAUGGAGGUGAAGGUGCACGACGAAGUCGAGGGUAUAUCGGGAAAAACCAUGACAGAGGUGGGGAUGGCCUACAUUACCCUCAACCCUCUUCUCCCCUGGCUGGAGCAAAGAGAACGCGAAGAGACAAGGGAAAUGUUUAAACUGCAAGUCAUGGAGGAGGUCCUCAUUGAGGAUGCUGAAAAUGCCAGGCGACUGGGAGACGGAGUGGCGGGUCAAACGGGGGAUCAGGCCCCUCCAGAAGAGGGGACAGCGCCGCAGGCUAGAAUGGCAACGCCUGCCAAAGUGGUCAAGAAGCUGCUGGUGCCGUACAACGACCCAGAUGCUGCAAACUGUCGUUUGGAGACAGUCGACGACUACGUGGCGUUUGGCGCAGGUGCAGCAACUGCAGCAGGAGCAGGGACGCCGCAAUUGGCUCCUGUUGAUGAAGAACAGCAACCCCCCAAGAUGCGCUCACGAGGUAAUGGAUUUUUAGGCAAUUUAGUAUUGAAGAAAUCGCAUGCAGCAUCUGGAACGAAAGGAGACGGAGGGAUGGAACGCAACGAGGAACUCUACGGAUUUGAGCCCGAAGCAUUGGACUUCGUCCUCACUAUGGCAGACGAAGAUGAAGUGGAGGAAAACAUGAGGGACGAAGUACCGUACGAAAUGGAAACCGACUUCGGCGUUAAUGACCUGCCGUACCUCAGAGUGCCAAUAUUCAGAUGUACUGAUUGCGGAGUUCCCGAGACGAUAGGAUAUCUCAAGUACAUUUGCAGGGUUUACCAGGGCGAUGAGUGCAGCAGCGAAAUGGAAGAAAUGAAAAAAGUGUGCCAGGAUUUGGUGCAAAAAUACGAAACAACACGCGACCUUGUGGUGCGUGCGUACAUAUUGGCGGCUAGGGGCUUGGUACCUCCUUCCGGGGCUUCUGAUAUUCAAACCUACGUUUGGAUUUACAACUCCUCGAGCACUGCAACACUUUCUGGAGGCCUGACACAUAACUUACGAGACUCAGGGCAUGUGAAAAAACAGGGCUUCAAACCCGAGUUCAAUCGGUGCUACGGGCUUGCCUGCUCCCUCCCGGAACAUGCAGUCGUACAGGUAGCGAUAAUGAAUCAGGGGCGGGUGAUGGAUGAAUGCGUGGGGAGGACGUUUAUAGACAUGGAGGACCGUUUCUUUAAUCCAAAGGUAGCAGCAAUGGUGGAACAAGAAAUAACGCCUAUUGAGCUCAGAACUCUCAAAGUGGAAGGCAGCACCGUUUCUCACGGAACGUUGAGGGGUUUCUUUGAAAUAAUGACGGAAGACUACGCACAUGAACAUCCGCCCUUUACCCUCGCGAGUGCAGAGGCUGACGACUUCCAGCUGCGGUUGGUGAUAUGGCGCGUAAAGGCAGUUCCUCUUGACGACAGUUCGUCAAUUUCGAUGUUUGUCCGUUCUAUAUUUACGUUGGAGGAGAACUCGGAGAUUGUGAGGGAUACAGACACUCACUACAACAGCAAGGACGGGUCAGGAGUGUUCAACUGGCGAUGCGUCUUUGAUGUCAAAAUACCUGCACCCAUUCCCGUACUCAAAGUGCAGAUAUGGAACUACGCAGUACUCAGUUCUGGCGAACCCAUCGGGGAGUGCAACUUUGACCUAACCGCCGACUUCUUCAGGGCCAGGAAGAGAGGACAAAUCUAUCGACUACCCAAGUUCUGGUUGCGUUGCACACAUCCGGCUUUCAAAGGGCGAUCUCGGGGCUCUGUGGAGGUAGAGGCGAGUAUAUUGCCUCUGAAGGAGGCGGACUACUCGCCUGUAGGCCAGGGGAGAGAAGAGCCGAACAGAGACCCAUUUCUGCCUGCAGUGACCCAAAACAGAACUUAUGUAGAUUGGGAGGCAAUCAAUGAAACAGUGGGUGCAGCAAGCAGUGCUAUUAUGUCGGGUUUGAAGUGGACAGGGGUUUGGAUGGCUGUGGCCGGCGUGGUGGCCAUUGUUAUCUUCAUCAUGUUCCUUCUUAAAUGA